AGAGUAGACACACAAUAUUCAGCAAGACUACACCGUGUAUGUCUCCCCCUAAAGCGUUCACACCCUUCAUGUUCAGCCGAGCACCGGGCGAGGGCACAAAAGCCAAGAACAACACAAAACCGAAAUCUCUGGACAGCCUGUGCCAGGCAAGCGACUGGGUGAGGUCCGUUGUCGCGCACGCCAUGGGUUGACUUGAGGCUCACAGCGCUCGGCAUUUUGGCGACGACAACAUCAGAGUUGCACCGCCGAGUGCAGAGGCUGCGGGCAGCGACAGUAACUCCGUCGCACGUCGCUGUGCGCAGUUAUCUCCCCGCAGUGUUAGUGGAAACCAAGAGCGUUUCAAGUGUCGGCCGUCAGUGAAUAGCUGGUGGAACGAUCUCGACCGACAGCUGCUGUAGAGCAUGGGAGUGAACGUCAACAACCUUCAAAUUGUCUGUUCACAGACCGGGUGUCUCCUCAUGUGAUCUGACCGUGAGCGGCCUGUGUGCGUGUGUGAGGUGCCCUUAAACGGUAUGCGAAAAGCUUGUUUAUCUCGUGACCAUGGUGCUACCCAAGCGUAAUGGCCAGCCUCGUUGUGGAGAGUACCCAAAGAUGGCUUCUGGCGUUCAGGGGUGCAGUGAGAGAGCGGCGGCCGUCCCGCUGAAAGACCGCAACGGCGUCGUCAACAGAAAUGGACACCACGUCAGGACCAACGGCCACAACGGCCACAGCAAACAGGCAGGAGGAGACGACUUUUUUGAGUCGUUUGAAGACCCGCCGCUUGCAAUCGCUAUCUUGACCUACCUGGGCUACGCCCUCAUCAUCCUGGUGGGCCACAUCCGGGACUUCUUGCGUCACUAUGGCAUCGAGAGGGUCAAGAGCUACACAGAGCCCAAGCUCAAGGGCUUUGUGCCUCUUCUCAGUUCGUGGGAGAGCUUCUACACACGCAACCUGUACCGCAGGAUCCGCGACUGCUGGAACAGACCCAUCGCCAGCCGACCUGGCGCAGAGUUCGACAUCAUGGAGCGAGUCUCACCUGACUUUGGUUGGAAUUUUGAAUUCACGGGGCGCAAUGUGAAGGCACUCAACUUCGGGUCCUAUAACUACCUGGGCUUCGCUGACAGCCAGACUCUCUGCGGAGGACAAGUGGAGGAUGUGACAAGGAGCUACGGAGUGGGCGUGUCCGCAAGUCGUCAGGAACUUGGCUACCUGGACAUUCACCGGGAGCUGGACAGAGUGACGGCGGAGUUCCUGGGAGUGGAGGAAGCCAUCACAGUGCCCAUGGGCUUCGCUACCAACUCCAUGAACAUGCCAGCACUUGUCAGCAAGGGCUGCCUCAUCCUCAGUGAUGAACUGAAUCAUGCAUCACUGAUACUGGGAGCCCGCCUGUCAGGGGCCAUGAUCCGGGUUUACAAACACAACAACAUGAAGGACUUGGAGACCAAGCUGCGUGAAGCAGUGUGUGAAGGACAACCACGCACACACCGACCGUGGAAGAAGAUUCUGAUUGUAGUGGAGGGCGUGUACAGCAUGGAGGGCUCCAUUGUGCGACUGCCGGAGAUUGUACGACUAAAGAAGAAGUACAAGGCUUACAUCUACCUGGACGAAGCACACAGCAUCGGCGCCAUGGGACCUAACGGAAAAGGUGUUGUGGACUACUUUGGCCUUGACCCUCGCGACAUUGACAUCAUGAUGGGCACCUUCACCAAGAGUUUUGGCUCCUGUGGUGGCUACAUCGGGGGAUCCAGGAGCUUGAUCCAACACCUGCGAGCCACUUCACACAGUGCCAUCUACUCGUGUGCCAUGUCACCUCCAGUGACCCAGCAGGUCAUCGCCACCAUGAGGAUCAUCAUGGGGCAGGAUGGCACCCACGAGGGCCGGAAGCGCAUCGAACAACUGAAGUGGAACACCCGUUAUUUUCGCAAAAGUCUGCAUGAGAAGGGCUUCAUCCUGUAUGGCAACAAGGACUCGCCUGUAGUGCCUCUCCUGUUGUAUAUGCCCGUCAAAAUCGCAAUGUUUAGCCGAGAAUCUCUCAAGCGUGGACUGGGGACGGUGGUAGUCGGUUUCCCCGCCACACCCCUCAUCGAGGCCAGGGCCCGUUUCUGUAUAUCUGCUGCACACACGAAAGAAAUGCUUGAUAAGGCGCUGGACAUCAUUGACGAGGUGGGGGACCUUCUCAAACUGAAGUAUUCUACCAUGCCAGUUCCAGACUUCCAAGUAGGAGAAGAACCGUUCUGGUCGACGAAUUGUCAGCGACCAAGGGAUUGACGACUGGAAAGGGAACCCCGCACCAUGUCACAGAGUCAGAUAACCAUACUUUGGGUGGAGGAAUACAGCAUGGGAUAUAAACUUUGUGUAUACACUGGAGCGUACAGCAGCCACGCUGCCCACCAUGUGAAUCAAGUGUGAAGGAGCUGUGUAUUACUGCGUGUACUUGUGAUGUGGUCUAGUCGACUCUAAUAACUGUGAUUACAACAAGCCCCGGUUACUUACUCUCGCUGAAAUUUAAUGUCCCUGUUGUAACAGUGGAGACAGUACGGUUGGAAUGUUCUGCAUGUUACUCACAGAACGAGGGAAUAGGUGAGUGAAUGAUUUCAAUGAUUUCAGAACAGCGUGUUUCUAUUCUAAAAUGCGUCAAAGUAGCUCAAAAACAAAUACAAAAUACAAUUAAAUCACCGAUGCAACACGAGAUAUAAAAAAUGGUGAUAAUUGGUGCAGUGGCCAAAGAAGAUGCUCGACUUUGAGAGGGGGGAAACCAUUCUGACAGUGAAUGAAGUUCACAUGCUUGCCUCCUCAGUAUAUUUUAAAGGGAAAGAUACUUUGUAUCUAUCGCCAUAUAAAUAAGAGUUUUGUAAGGAGUGAUAAUAAUUUUUAUAUACUCCCCUUGUCGUGGUACUGCUGCCUUUUUAAGAUGCAUGAAUCCAGUUUUGAUUGACCGAAACAUAACUUGUUAUCUUGUGUUCACUUUUACUUUUCAACCACACCUUUUGAAUUUUGAUUUUUUUUUUCUGUUUAUAUGGGUUUCUGAACAAGACUUCUACUUCGCAAAAUAUUUCAUCGAACUGUUAAUUGUUCGCGUGUGGGGGAGAGAGAGAGAGAGAGAGAGGGAAAGAAAGCAUGGAAAUAAUAAUAAAUAAUUUACAGAGGUAGUGGUUCGAACCAGCUGUGUAAGAAGAACAUCGAUGGUUGUAAUCUCAUCGAUCACCGAUACUUGUACUGUAGCGCCGUUUAAAGUCUGGGCAAUGCGAAUUGUUCGGAGUAAACAUGACGAUAAUAAUAUAUACAUCAUAUUUAUAUUUAUUAUCCGAGGGGGCAAUUUCUGGAGAAACUAAUCUCUAAACUGCGUGCUUCUUUCUGAUAAAGUAACCACUUGAAAACGGAUAAUGUUAUCAGAGAGUGAUUGAGUUGGGAGAGAGACUUUAGUGAAAAUCUGUGGUGGAGGGUGGCAAAAAGAUAAUGGCGUAGAUUUUAAAAGUCUUUAUUCACCAGUCAACUUAAAACAGGGCGCAGUGACAGAGAACGAAUGACAUAAAAUAUGACAGUUUCUGACAUAAAUCAUCAACCUUCAAACAGGUGCAAAGUGAAUGAAGGGAUUUUCGUAGGCGUGUAUGUUGAAAUGUUGCUUAUCAUCGCAUAGUUUUCAACCAUUCGUAGUUUAAAGAGCGUGUUAAAUAAAAGCUCGUGGCAUUUUACUAGUUGCAUGUGCAGCAACAUAUUCUGUCAGUCAGCAGCACGUGAUUAAGAUAUCAGAGGGUGUGUGCAAAUAACAGUCCGUCCAGAAAUUGCCGUUCACCGCGAAACUCGAUCAUUUUGUUUUGAAAUGUCACUGGCAUGAGAGAAAAAGAGUACUUGUGAUCGACACACAUGAUUUUAUGACGUUGAUUUAUCGGCUGAACUCGAUCGAUUUUUAGAAUCGCUCACUUACCUGUGUAUUAAUUUGCCUUUCACGAUUGAAGCAGGGAUCAGCUAUAUAAUGACUGAAAUAAAAUAAACGGACUGGAUAAUUUUACCUGUCACUCAUUAUA